AUGUUGUCUCUGAGAAAACUCACCUCUGCGUGCGUUCUGGCGGCCAUGUCGGUCCAGCCUGUAUCGUCAACCCUGCUCUAUGUCGCCUCCCACGCUGGAACGGUUACGACUCUCGAUCUUCAGUCUUCUGGAUCCGGUAGCACGUCUCUCAAGGCAAUCUCUGAGACAAGAGAAUGCGCUGCCAACCCGUCCUGGCUUACCCUCGACCAAGACAAGUCUCUCUUGUACUGCGCGGACAGAGGUCUCACCAAUCCCAAUGGCACAUUGGUCUCUUUCGAGAAGUCUGAGAACGGUACCCUCUCUCCCCUCGGCAAGUUGGAGACGAUCAAGGGUGCUGUCAGUUCUGUUGUGUACGGCAAGGAUGGCGGUGGAAUCGCGCUCGCGUCUUACCCGGCUUCGUCAUUCGAGGUCUUCUCCGUCGCGGACCCCAGCGACAUCAAGCGGUUGCAGUCUUGGACGUACGCGCUGAGUGAACCGGGGCCGAAGCCCGCGCAGAAUGCCCCGCAUCCCCACGAAGCCAUCCUGGACCCCACGGGGGAGUACGUCUUAGUGCCGGACCUGGGAGCCGACGUUGUGCGGAUCUUCAGCGUCAACCAGGACUCGUACGAGUUGACGCCUCUUACCCCUCUCAGCGUGGCGGUCGGCAGUGGACCUCGACACGCGAGGUUCCUCGUCGUUGGCCAGAAGACUUACUUCUUCGUCCUUGCUGAGCUCGGAAACACAAUCACCACUUACGAGGUUACCUACAACCAAGACAAGACUCUGGCGUUCAAGGAGGUCUUCGUGGUUGGAACUCACGGGCCGGAUAACGUGGUGCCGGUUGGUGCUGCCGCAGCUGAAAUUCACAUUUCUCCUGACUCGGAGUACUUGAUCAUCUCUUCGCGCAACGUGAGCACGUUCAGCAUCCCCAACUUCGACAAGACCAACAGCACCGAGAUCCAGUCCGAUGCACUGGCGACCUUCGCGAUCAACCACGAGACCGGUCACUUGAACUUCACUCAGCUUUACCCUGCUGGCGGCAGAAUCCCUCGUCAAUUCUCCAUCAACAAGGCCGGAGAUCAGGUUGCUGUGGGACUUCAGUCAGACGGUCGCGUCGUUGUGAUCAGCCGUGAUGUCAAGACCGGUCUUCUCAAGGACUUCAUUGCCGACAUCUCCAUUGCUGGAGAGGUUGUCUGUGUGAUUUACGACGAAUAG